GUCUGUUGUAGACAUGCUGUUUCCUUUAAUCAUUCUGACUACAUACGUCACGAGCUACUCCCUACACUCUUUUCUCCCUAUAUCUUUCAAUCCUUACACUUUCAAGACAGUCUGUUGGCUCUUUGAGGACAAUUACCUAAUCAAAUUUCUUCAAGACACUCUAUUUUCCACACCUAAUUUUUUUGCCGCGGUGUUCCACUACAAUUGGCACGCAGUGCCGAAAGCGGACGACGGCCGAAAUAGAGUGCAGAGCCUCCUGGCUGGAGGCCUGACUGCCACUGUGGCGACAUGAAUCUACUUUGCUAUCUUCACCACCUCUGCUGGCGGCUCUGCUGACGGCUCUGCUGUUCUGGUUUCG